UGUAUCACUGAAGGGCGUGGCACGCGUGUAUCGGUAUGAUGUCACUCCAGCAUUUCUUUGAUUCUGGUUUCCAGUUACUCUCAGCCCAAUAAGUGAGUCAUGGAUGUCGGGGUAGUGUGCUUUUUAAAGAGGAAAAUGGUGGUGUGGUUAUGUGCUCGCGGGUGGACAAAUGAUGAAGUGAUUUGUAACAACGUGCUACCUGAUGGAAUUAAUUUUUUUUAACCAUAAGGAAAACGCGGCGGUGGCGUGCAUCUUCUCAUCGCUCGGCUCUGAGGCUGCAGGUCAGGACUAGUCCUGCUCCUGGCUUUGCAGUCUGGAUGAACCUCCUGCCCACGUAGUAACAGCCACAACACACUGAUUUUACCAUUUCAAACAUCGGUUUGAUUGUGUGUUGUGCCGUCAGUCACGGAGCAGACGUGUCGAAACCUUAGCGAGAGGAAGCCGUCACUCGGUUCCUCCCGUGAGAACUAAGAGCCUGAAGGCAGGCUGCCAUGGAUGAGGCUCUGUCCACAAUCACGCCCUGUUUCACUCCCGCACAUCUUUCAUCAUCAGGCAGGACGAAGCUUGAUGUGCCACAGCUGGACAAACCGUUACAUGCCGAAUGGCGAAGGACCAGUUUGUGUUUCUCACAGAUCUGAAGAAAACCUGGGAGGAUUGACUGAGUAGGAGUAGCGCUUCGGGUCAUGCUGUAAUUUAAUUAAAAGUUACCAGCGAGCAACCAAACAUGGAGUCAUACCGACCCAAGACCAGAUAAGCAAGAUUCUUUGUUUAUCUCUGUGAUGCGUUUACUGAUUAAAAGGACGCAAACUUGACACCACCUCUAGAAACACAGCCUCGACGAACACCUGCGGUUAAAUCACAGCUACAAAUGUCUGUAUAACGAUCGAAUCACGCUUACCGAUCAUAAUUCUGCGAUGUUACUGCAGUUUCCAUCAACAAACCAUUACAAAACAGUACGCUUAUUACAGAUGAAAGGACGUGACGGAUAUAUCUCGCUAUUGUGCCGUUACGUCGACGCGCCAGAUAACUGGAAGGGCGGGGCUUAAACGAAACAUUCGUAGGCCUAGUCCAAGAACUUAACACGAGUCAUUUUGAAAUUGAUGUUUAAAAAAGAUAAAGUUAAGCGUGUUAAAUCUGUUUGUCGUCCAUAACGAAAUGGUUCGCCGCGCACUGGGUAUCUGACUCAUAAAGUGUACGUUUUUUCGUGAGUAGUUUGGAGAGGAGAGAGUCAAGUACGAGCUGAUUCGUAUCCUAAGCGAUCCACAUCUCCGUUUAAUUUGGAUCCUGAAUAUCCUUCCACUCGAUAUAGGCACCACCGUCGCUGUCCUCUAUUUUGUUUUGGACGAUGCCAGUGACGCGUACACGCAUCGCACGGAUUCCGAUUUGUCCGUCAUGUCUCGCGGACACGUGUCGGAUAAAUAUCCGAUCGUAGACCACAUACGAUAACGGCUCAGAUCUGACUUGAUAAAAUUCAGAUUUUUGUGUCGUGUUAAGUCAAAAAAAAAAAAAACACCUAUCUGCUACGCUGUGAACGUAAUCUAAUAUUGAUGCUCGUACACCUUCAGACAUUCAGCCAUGUAGACUGUGCAGUGCCUAAAGGGAAGGCAGUGGAGACCAGGCGUGUCCCGGAUCGUCACGUGUCCCCGCACCAUGUGUUCUCAGCUCUUUGUCAGGAUCAAUGUAAUCACGAGGCAGUAAAUCGAAUUUCCGAGUGCUGAUUAGAUCCUGCAUGCCGAAUAACGUCAUCGGGUUCCACAUCAGCCCCUUUAUCUUUUUCCUCCUCCCGAUCGACGAGGUGGUCACAAGGAUGAGGAACGGAUAAUUAAUUGUUGGCUGUAGGAUUGUAUUCUUUUAUCUCUCUCUAUUAAUUUUUCGGUGAGCUUCAGCGAGUCUCAUAAAGUCGUUGUCCAGCGCGUUGACGUGCCAUACGAUCUACUAAGAUAAUAGCUCGUUGCUAUUUUAAUCUGUAAUGCAGGGAUAAGCAGGGGGCUUAAGUCCGGCUCCGCUUGAUGGGGAAAAACACAGGGCUGUUUUGAGUUUAUUUUAUAUUAACUCAAAACAUAUAUAAUAUAUAUAUAAUAUAUAUAAUGUGUGUGUGUACGUAUACACACAUAUGCCCCAUAGGUAGGUACAUAAGGGGCAGGCGGUGUACCAGCGGCGUUCGGGCUGCGGCCAUACCGUUACCGCCCGAAGUCGACUGUUUUCCAGUAACGAUGCGUCUCGAAGCGUUUUGUUCGCCGCAGGAAUUUUCGAAAAAACGCAGCACAUCAUGUUUACGCAAACGAGUAAACACUUCCGUCCUAAAGACUUCCCAGAGGAGGAAAAACGUAAACUCACAAACUGGAGACUCCUUCCACGAAUGUUUAUUAAUCAACGCUUUGCUGUAAUAAUAAUAAUAAUAAUAAUAAUAAUAAUAUGUAAUGUAUAUUCUUCAUACCGUGUGCUUUCCACAUGGUGGUGGUGGGGGGUUCAAAACAAAACACAUUUGUUAUUCCCUCUUGGUUCAAUCCUGUGAAAUUCCUCAACGCUUUCCAUUUAUUCUCCUUGGAUCCUCCGUCGCCAUGACGACCAAGUCCCCUGUGAAGAUGGCAGAUUCCUCUUUCCGUCGAGCUUUGGCUCGGUUUAGAGGUUUGAGCGAAGCAGGCACGCUCGUGUGUUACAGAUUAUGGACGUAUCACCGUGAAGGAUCACGCUCCCUUCUCAGCUGUCUAAGACGUGGAGCCUGAGGGAUUUUCUUUAAUGAAUCACCCAUCGCCUCUCGACGCCAUGACGUACAAAGGUAACCUCACGCUACCCAAGAUCCCAGAGUCUAACAUGGCUCUCAGCGUGCUGGGAGUUUUCCUGGGAUUGCUUCUGGAAGUUUCCGCUCACGGGCCAUCCAGCGUUCCCAGGACUUCGUGGAGACGUGAAGACGUGAGCUUGGUGGAGUUCUCCGAGCCGGGCGUGUUUAACUACUCCACUCUGUUGCUGAGUGAGGAGCGAGGUGCGCUGUACGUCGGCGCCAGAGAGGCCGUCUUUCAGCUCGACCUCAAUGACGUGUCCGUCAAAAAUAACCAGGUGCUGUGGAAGGUUCCAGAUCGUGAUAUGAGAAUGUGCACCUUAAAAGGGAAAUCUAAAGAGACGGACUGUAAAAACUACAUCCGGGUUCUUCAGGUGUUGGAUGAAGAGCACCUGUAUGUGUGUGGAACCCAUGCGUUUCAGCCGCUCUGUGAUUACCUGUCUUUAAAGGACUUCACACUGAUGGGAAAGCAGGAUGACGGCAGAGGGAAGUGUUCGUUCGACCCUACCCAGAGUUUUACCACGGUCAUGGUCGACGGCGAGCUGUACUCCGGGACGGCGUACAACUUCCUGGGCAGCGAGCCGAUCAUCUCCAGAUUCUCGCGGCCUCAGAGCCUUCUGCGUACGGAGUACUCCACAUCCUGGCUCAACGAGCCCAGCUUCGUGUUUGCAGACGUGAUCCGGGAGGGAAGCGACAGUCCGGACGGAGACGACGAUAAGAUUUACUACUUCUUCACAGAGGUCUCCGUGGAGUACGAGUUCUUCGGCAAGCUGCUGAUUCCCCGUAUAGCCCGUGUGUGCAAGGGGGAUUUGGGUGGUCAGAGAACUCUGCAGAAGAAGUGGACGUCCUUCCUGAAGGCCAAGUUGGUGUGCUCCAUGCCCGAGCUCAAUUUCGUCUUCAACGUCGUCCGCGACGUGUUCGUGGUUAAAACGCCUGACUGGAGAGAAACGGUCAUCUACGGCGUCUUCACCUCCCAGUGGGGGAAUGUGGGCCUCUCUGCCGUGUGCGCGUAUAAUAUGACGUCAGUGGACGAGGUGUUCUCCAAGGGGAAGUACAUGCAGAAGGCUACGGUGGAGCAGUCUCACACCAAGUGGGUCCAAUACAAUGGCGUCACCCCGUCUCCCAGACCCGGAGCGUGCAUUACCAACCAGAACCGCGGGCAGAACAUCACCAACUCCCUUCUGCUGCCUGAUAAGACGCUGCAGUUUGUGAAGGACCACCCGCUCAUGGCCGACCCCGUGCUGCCCAUCGGCCACGGGCCGCGCCUCACCGCCAAGGGCAUCAACUAUACGCAGAUCGUCGUGGAGAGAGUCACCGCCCUGGACAACAAUGUCUACGAUGUCCUCUUCACUACCACCGAUAAAGGCUUUCUGCACAAGUCCGUGGUGUAUGAAGGAGGCUCACACAUAAUCGAAGAGGUCGAGCUGCUAAAAAACCCACAGCCAAUCAAAACCCUGCUGCUCUCCACAAGAGAGGGCAGCUUCCUGUACGCGGGUUCGGACUCCGGAGUGGUCCAGUCUCCCACUGCGUUCUGCGGCAAAUACGUGACCUGCAUGGACUGCAUUCUUGCCCGCGACCCAUACUGUGCCUGGGACACACACACUGCAUCCUGUAUUAACAUUUUCCAGAAGCAGAAUAAUGGACAGAACCGGGAGUUUAUUCAGAACCUGAGAGGAGAUGCAGAUGAAUGUCCAUCAGCGAGACCGCGCUCGAUAGACAUCCCCCAGCAGGUGGUGGUAAAGCCGGGCAGUUCGACGGAGCUGGAGUGCGACGUGCGCUCAAGCCUGGCACAGGUGUUCUGGAAGGUUAACGACAGUGUCCUGACCGAGUCGGCUCACUUCCUCCUGAUGGCCGGCUCUGGGCUGCUCAUCUACAGCGUAACUCCACAGAACCAGGGCCGUUACGAGUGCUGGACCGCCGAGUCCGCCGCGGGGAAGAACUUCACCCGGCUGAUGGCCUCCUACGAUCUACGACUGGAGCUUCCCGAAAUCUCACGUGUGUCCUCGGUCGAGAUCUUCAACGUCCCCAAUCCUGAUCCAUCCACAUCGCGCACCGCCAUCAGCACCACCACCACAGCGGCACCGCGAGGUAAAAUCGGCAACGGUAACACCGCAGGACCUUCUCCACUAACUCCAUCUACCCUGUCCAGUGUGCCUCCGCCCCCACUAACCCGCCCCGCUACCACGGCUAACGUCUAUGGCGCGAAAGCAGAAACCAAACAUUAUGUCCCUCCUCAGAGUAGCGAUUCACGAGAUCCAGGACCCGAGAUCAAGGAUCCUCACGCAAAGUACCUCCAGUACGACAACAGUAAAGCGCUGCUGUUCCUCUUCCUGCUCUUCUUCCUCCUGUUCCUGUUCGGCCUGGCGUAUAACUGCUACAUGCAGUACCUCCCAGUUCCGUGUCUGAGGCUCCGCGCCGCCGUGCUCGGCUCGCAGAAGAAACCACAGAACGAGUACGCAGCCUGUGAGGCGGGGUUGAUGGAAGCACUGCCGGAAAAACGCGACCAGAACGAACCGCCUCGUCAGAACGGAGCGCUCCGUGACACGGGAUAUGAAACGGAACCGGAGUGUGGAAACGGCAAAAUUCCAUUACAUAGCUACGAAGAGGACAACGAGAGCGCCGCCGCGAAACAAGGGCCGUUUGACGUAAACUGCGAAUCGCAACCGAUCGAGUACGCAGACGCCGACGCAUCGUAACGGACACUAGCAAAAACGAAAGAAGGGACGACUUUACCUCCGUCUUGCGUGCAUUGAAAUUAACUACAAAUUGAAACAACCAAUUUUGUUUUUCUUUUCUUUUUUUGUGGUAUUGCUGUCUCACCUUGCUCGUGGUUGUUUUUUGUUGUUGUUUUUGUAACAAUACAAUUUUUGACAGCGUCGAUAUUUUUUUUUUUUUUUUUUUUUUUUUUUUAAAUAAAUCCACAUAAUUCCAAAUUGGAAACGUGGUUUACCAAAUUGGUAAGUUAAUUCAAUAUUUUCCAAAUUGGAGCAAUUUUUUUUAGGUGGGCAGGACUAUUUUCUCUCUCUCUCUUCUUUUUUUUUUUUUUUUUUUUUUUUUUUUUUUUUUUUUUUUUUUUUUUUUUCCUCUUUUCUCUCUCUCUCUCUCCCUUCACCCUCCCUUCAAUCUAUUGCGUUGUUGCGUGUUACUCUCAGGGACGUUGAUCGUACUUUGCCAAAUCUUUCCAAAUCAGCACAUGAAGGAAGGAAUCAGCGCUCUCUGUACAAAAAAAAAAUAAUAACAAUAAUUCAAUUUUAAAACUGGAACGCUGGAUGGAUUGAUGAGCUAACACGGACAUCGUGAGGAAAAUCGUUUAAUUGGAUGCGGAAAUAUGAAUUAUUGAAGACUGGAGACGAAGAUGCAACGGUAUUUAAAAAAAAAUUUCAAUGACACGCAAAAAAAAAAAAAAAAGUAAAAA